AUGAUCUGGAUCCAUUUUGGAGCUUAUCAAAGUGGUCAGAUGUCAACUUUUAAUGGAUCACAACUGGCUAUUACUGGAAAUGUCAUUAUUGUGACUAUUCAAUACAGAUUGAAUGUUUUUGGUUUCUUAUCAACUGGGGAUAUAAAAGAUAAUUACAGACUAUGGGAUCAAAUAUUGGCUAUUCGAUGGGUCAACGAAAAUAUUGAUUCAUUUGGAGGAGACAAGCAAUCAGUCACAAUUUUUGGAGAAGAUGCAGGUAGUUUCAGUGUAGGUCUUUUGACGCUCAUCCCGUCGAAUACAGGACUAUUUCAGAAAGCAAUAAUGAAAAGUGGUACAUCGAUGUCAUUUUCUCUACAGGGACCAUAUACAGAAGCUGCAUCAGUGAAUAUCCUAGAAUAUUUAAGAUACCCUACGACAGAAACAAACAUGUCAAUUGACUGUUUGAGAAAAUUACCUGCUGAGAUUUUGAUAGAAGCAUACAGCGCCGAAAAAACAGCACAAGAUGGUGCACUACCUUUUAUAAUUCCGUUAACCCCAGUCAUCGACGGUGAAUUACUGACAAAUGAUCCGAUUGAACUUCUUGAAAACACAGAAUCAGAAGCGUCCAUAUUCUACCGUUCACUAGAUGUUGUAAUAGGUACUGUAUCUGGGGAAGAAUCCAUACUGUUAAAGGCUUUUCAAUCUGGUCUUCAAGAUAUCUUCCAUUUUGAUGUUAAUGACCAUUUACCUCGACAUUUCAUUUGUAAUGAGUUGGCUCCUGCGAUGUCAGCUUUGACGUAUGGAAACAAUUCAAAAGUUACAAAAGCUGUCUGUGAAGAAUACGGUAAAUCGUCCAACGAGAUCGAACUAAUUAAAUCCAUUCUCUUUGCAUUUUCUGACUUUAUUUUUAACGUUCCGACUGCAAGAUCUUUACGUCUGCAUUCAGAGAUCAGCAGUGGCAAAGACCGCCAUUAUCAGUAUUUAUUGUGCCCACUACAUCCGUAUUUCAAGCUAUUAUUCCAUUUUCCGUCAUGGUUCGAUGGCGCUAUACAUUCUGCGGAAAUAGUACUAGUGUAUCUAUUUCCUAAUGUAGAAAUUCCUUUAACUUGUCAGGACGAAGACUUAAAAACAAGAUUGAUGAAAUAUUGGACAAAUUUUGCUAAAACUUGGUAA